AUGUCUCUUCUUAAAAAAUUUAUCUGCUGCGGCAAUCCAGAUUCGGAAACUGACAAUACUUCACCUAAUGGGCCAAGUUUAAACAUAAACAAUACUCCUAUUACACCAGUUGAUCCUGAUCAUGAUCUUGAUCCAAUUGCUGAGAUUACUUACGAAAAAACAUAUAAUAAGAAAACUUAUAUGGCCAGCGCAUUAGAUACUGCAAGCUCCGUAUUAGUACCUUUUUCAAAUUUUUUACCGCUUAUAACGGAGGUAACCCAAGUAUUUAAUGAAAUAAUAAAAAUAUAUCAAACAGCUGAACAUAAUAAAAAAAUAUGUGGGAUAUUGUUGGAUAGAGUUCAAAUAGCUGACACUGCCGUAAGGAAUUUGAAAAAUCGUAGAGAUGAAAAUGUAGAUUUUUUUUCAAAAUUUAAUUUUGUUCAUCUACAAAAAUUGGUUCAUGUCGUUGGUAGAAUACGUAAGCUUGUUGAAGAAAUUUCUCAGUUAACAGGCUUAUCCAAGUAUAUUCAAGCUAAAAGUAUUGAGAGCGAUGUAAAAGAAUUAAGUAGUGAGUUUGAUUCCACUAUACAAGCAUUACACUUUUCUCUGUCAAUCGAUUUUAGUAUCAAUGCUGACAAAGAUAACGCAAUUAUUAAGUCCGAUAUCAAAGAGCUUCUCCAGUAUCUUGAUGAUAUCGGCAGUGGUGUAACUGACAACAAUCAUAUGAUCUCGGGUAUGGUCGUGCAGUUGAGUGCACUUAAUAAAUCAUUGACGGAAUCUAAAUCAACAAAUACCGAUAUAUUCAAGAGUGAAUUACUAGAAUAUAAUGAUUUUGAAGAACAAGAACCUGAGGGUUAUCAAAAACAUUUAAAAAAUGUUAAAAAAUUUAGGAGAAGAAAGUAUGGAUUGAAUGACUUUGUUGCAUUAAAGUUGGUUACUGUUAAAAAUAACAAUGAAGAAGAUAAAGAUAACUUUAGAAAGCAAGUAACAAUUUUAAAAAAAUUGGAUCAAUGUGAUUGUAUUAUUCAAUACUUUGGUUAUACAGCGUAUGAUGAUAAAUUCUAUUUGGUGACUGGAUGGGCCGAGUAUGGCAAUUUACGUGAAUAUUAUCAAAAUAAUCCACUUGAUGUUAAGCUGAAAUUAAGAUUUGCUCUUGAUAUUGCCAAAGGCUUAAAUUUCUUGAGCGCUGUUAAGAUUGUUCAUCGUGAUAUUAGAGCCGAGAAUAUCUUAAUUACCGAUCAUGAGACGGCAAAAAUUGCAAAUUUUAAAGCAAGCCGAGCAAUUACAGAUAGUACGACAAACCAAGCUGCAACUCUAGAAGCUGUACGUUAUUGCGCCCCAGAAAAAUUAGAAAGAAGGUCAAAAUACGAUACUAAGUGUGAAGUUUAUAGUUUUGGUAUACUACUUUGGGAGAUUGCCGAAGAAAAAAUUCCUUAUGAGAGAUAUAAUGAUAUCAUCGCUAUUACUGAGCGUGUUUGCAACGAACAAUAUCGUGAACCAUUUUCACUUGGUUCUUCUUUGCCAAUAGGAUAUCAAGAACUUGAAAAAAAAGCCGUUCAUCACGAUCAUAAUUUUAGACCUCAAUUUUCAAAAAUAUUUACCAUACUACAAGAUCUAUAUAAGAAAGAUGGUAGAUUUACUCCAUUACCUAGUCCUAAACUCAUGCCAAAAAGUGAAACUCUUGCAAAGGAUAUAAAUUUCGCAGAGUUUAACUAUAUGUCAGUAGAUGAAGCAGCGAAACAACAUAAACUUACGAAUGGAAAUCGCGAGUUAGCUUAUAAAUGUUUUGAAGCAAAUGCAGAAUUAAAUGAUAUGAAAGCAAAAUACUUCAAAGCGUAUUAUAUUCAACAAAAUUUGGUUAAAUUUGAUAUGGAUCAAACAACAAAAGACAAAUUAGUGGCAGAUUUAUAUAAAGAAGUAGCGGAUUCAGGUGAUUCUGAAGCUCAAUUACGUUACGGUAAUUGUUUAUUUAAAGGUAUAGGAGUUAAGAAGGAUUUAAUACAAGCUACCGAAUAUUUUACAAAAGCCGCCGAUAAUGGCCAAGUUGUUGGUAUGUAUAAUGCUGCAACUUUAUAUUUUUCUGAUAAUUCCGGUUUAAAGAAUGAAGUGUUGGGUGAAAAAUACAUGAGAUUAGCUGCUUAUAAACAGCAUAAACAAGCUAUUGAUUAUUAUAAAGAUAAGGGUUUGCCUUUGGUAAUUUAG